GCAAGUAACCUAAAUUUCUCUUUGGUAGUUUCCAUCUCUUUCAGCGUCAGCGCCUGGGCCUGAUCCUUAAACAUGGCGGAAGAAGCAGGCCACCGGGAACUUUGGACUCCACCACCUUGCCCUUGGUUGAUGGUGUCUGAUGAAGAUGAGAAUUUGACUUUACACUCACCCACAGGAGAACAAUUACAAAUUGUUAUACCUCCUGAGCUGCCUCAGGAAAUUGAGCAUUGUUGCUAUGGUUGGCUAAUCCUAAUCCAUAAAGGUGUAGAGCAUAAGAAACAUGAUGAGCAUUGGUUCUCUCUCUGGAAUCCAUUAACUGAUGACCGGAUACAUUUACCAGCUUUCAGUAUCGAACCCCAACAAGAAGAAAGCUCUAGCUGCAAUUGCCGCUGCAUAUUGUCAUCCCCUCCUGGUAAUGACGACUGCAUGGUUAUUGUAAUUGAGACAAAGACUCCUUGUUUCGUCUUUUGCAGGAUUGGGGAUAAACAAUGGACUGUGCAGCCCAUGCCAAUCGAUUCCGAAAAGUAUGUUUCUGGAUUAGGGUUUCCCUUUAGUCCUGUUAUCUGCAAUGGAAGAUUAUACUUUCAUACCAUGAACUACGAUAGUCGUGAACUAUUUGUGUUUGGUAUCAAGUCAGACCAUCUGGAACUAAGUAUAGCAGGCAUGGAAAUUCCUUGGGGGGAACGUGCAAGUGUAAAGAGAAUAGAUUUGGUGGAAUCCUUUGGUGAAAUUUAUGCAAUUAAUCAAGGUAGAAAAGGAGUAUAUGGCUGCCCAGAUCUGCAACGAGUAAUUUCCUUGGAACUUUACAAACUCGACUUGCCCCGAAAGGAGUGGAUUAAGGUGGAAAGUUUCAAGGACAGUGUGUUUUUCGUUUCGCUAGAUGAUAAUUCCUUGUCCUGCCCUGCAGUUGGUUUGGAAGGCAACCAUGUAUACUAUAAUACAAUAUACUCAUUCAACAUGGAAGACAAGACUGUUUCAAUUUCUUCACCUCAUUCAAAAAUUAAAAUUCAGAAGUCAGAGUAUGUUUAUAUUCGUUCUUUCUACAUCAUGCCAGACACAGACAGCAUGAGCAGUUAUGUGGAAAGGCAAAUCAGUGGAAGCCGGAAGAUAAAGCCUGAAAUUCUGAGAGAUACAGGAAGCCAUAAGGAGGAAGUUGCAGAAGCAGAGUUUGCUUACUUUGGUAAGCUUCCUUCAGACGUGCAAUCUAUGAUUGCAAAGUGUCUUGGAUUGCAUGACUAUAUGAGUUUUAGAGUUGCCAACAAAAUGUGCCGAUUGGCAGCACCUCCAAUCCGGUCCUCUCUUCCACCCUUGGUAACUUAUGAUAGUCUUUGCAAUUUCAUUGAUCCAACCUGCUGCAAAAAAUAUCCCAUUAUCAUCCCUAACAACGAAAUGAAAGAUGUCAUCAUGUGCUAUUCAAGUGACGGUUGGUGUGUGAUGUUACAAGGAGAAGACUCCAUAUUCCUUUGGAAUCCUUUCACAAACAAAACCAUUAUGCUCCCCAAUUUACCCCAUAAAUGUCGAGCGAUUGCUGCAUGUGGUUUCUCAACUUCUCCCAACUCUUCAGAUUGCGUCAUUGUUCUACUAUGCGAUGUUGAACUAAUUAUUUACAUUGACUUCAUCUGUUUAAAGGAUAAGCAAUGGAAGAGCAUUUAUGCAUCCUCAUUUGGCCGUGACACGAAAAUCUGUUAUGACAACAAUCUGUCAUUUUAUGAUGGAAAUUUCUACUUUUUUACUAAGCAUGGAAAAUUAGGAGCUGUUUAUUUAAAUGGAGAAGGGUCUGCCUCCGCACAUGUUAGGGAGUUCAAACUUCCCUUUUCUUGGCCGCACUUUCACCACGUCUUUCUGUGUCUGUUAGAAUGUGAUGGGAAGCUUUUAUCAGUUUCUGUGGACUCCUUCGGAAAAUGGGUUCGAGUUUUCAGGCUGCUUGACUCAAAGAAUCGUUGGAAAGAAGUGAGAGAUCUAGGAAAUCAUACACUGUAUAUUAGUCGUCUUUCAUCUUUCUCCAAGCCUGCGACCCUUGGAAUGAAGAACAGAGUUUAUCUCCCACGUUACUAUGGCAAGAGUGUUGUCUAUUAUUCUCUUGAUUCAAGAAAGUUUCAUUGUCAUAGUUCUGAAGAUAUUCUAGAAGACCUUGAUGCCACAAAAGAACAAUUUUUCUGUGGUUGGGUUGAAACCAAAUAUUAAAUUCUUAUUUUCUCUUGCUUUUGAUGGAAAAUUUCAAAUCUCCAAUAAUCUAAUUAUUUAUUA